AUGAUUUUUCCACUCAAAGGAGCUAGUCAGUUUAUUACACUUCAGUCAUUGAUGAAGUAUCAUUUACCAGAUGCACUGCAUUCAAAAUGUGGCUAUGAUGGACGUAUGGAAUGGAAUCCUAAUGAAUCUAUGGACAUCACUAUACAUCAGUUCCGUACUGCUGUACUCAGUGGAAAUGUCAAUGUUAUUAAAGAUAUAUUAGAAAAUUUGCAAAAUCUAAACCCGGGUCAGAUACAACGUUUUUUAUCGCUGCUGACUGAUCGCUCAUCUGCUGAACCAAUCAAAGAAGCACUGAUGACAGCAAUUUGCAUAGGCAGUCGGCCACUAGUAGAAUUUAUUUUAUCAUUGUUUUUGGAAUAUCCUGGAGCCGAGCGCAAUGGUUGCCGAAAGUCAAAGUCAUUCCCAACACAUAUGACCCCAUUAAUGCUCGCUUGCAUAUGCAAAAACUUUGCAAUCGUUCAGUGCUUACUUCUCAGAAAUCACUUCAUUCAAUUGCCACAUCGACCUGAUUGUUCUUGUGAAGAUUGCUCACGUUCCUCACGUUCCAUGACCAACAGCAUUAUUCUGUUGGAUACCUACCGUGCAAUUAGUAGUGAGCCAUUUUUGUGGCUUGCAUGUACUGAUCCGCUGCUAGCUGCGUUCAGUCUUAUCGAAGAUUUAAGAGUUUGUGAAGCAGUAGAAAAUAAAUUCAAGGCAAGAGUUUUGUACAGUGAUUUAUGUAAUAACGUAAUGUUAUUUACUGUAAAAAUCAUUGAGCAAUGCUGGGAUGGUGAAGAAAUAAAUGUGUUAUUAUCACGUAAAGUUGGAUCAACUUUGGCUGAUUGUGAAUUACCAUUUCCACGUAUUCAAAUGGCUAUUAAAUCGCAUAUAAAACCGUUUUUGUCUUCGUUGGGCGUACAAACAACUAUGGAAGACCACUGGAAAGGAAUGUGGACGGACUACGGAAAAUCAAGAUUGCAGGAUUUUAGUCGUGAAAUUCGGCAUUUCGUACUGUAUCCGAUUUUUGCGUUCAUUCACGCAAUAAGCGCUGGACGUUACAUUAAAACCUUCAAAUAUCCAUUGGCGCGGUAUAUCAGUCGAUUGGCAAGUUAUGUACUGUUUUUGAGUGCACUGACUGCGAUUCGGUAUUUUGGCAGGACGAAUGAACAAUCAGCAGAUAGAGGGCUCUUUGAUAACAAUUUUCGAUUACUAUUAGAAAGUUACGUAUAUUUGUAUGUCUAUGGAUUUGCUGUGAUUCAUUACAUUGAAUUUGCUAGCAAAGGCUUAGCAAACUUUUACGAUGUUUGGUGGCGAUGGUUUGAUCUUAUGCUAAUAUGGCUAUUCUCGGGAGCAUUUUUCUGCUUUGUUAUGACGGCUGCUACUGUUUAUCAGGAUGGAUUAAGUCAUUUGCAUAGAAGGCACUGGGUGUAUUACGAUUUUUCACUGAUGUACGAUAUUUACUUCGGUGCUGCUUCUGUGAUGGCCUUCUGGAGAAUUCUGUAUUACUUUCAGCUUCAUCGUUAUAUUGGUUCUACUGUGAUAUCAAUUUCGAAAUGCAUUCGUGAUGUUUUGAUAUUUCUGUCCAUAUGUGCUAUCAUAAUGAUUUGUUUUUCAUUAGGAAUUAAUACUAUGUAUCAACCUUAUAAUCAAAAUAGCGUCGUAGAUAAGGAUGGAAACGUAAUUCAUCAGAAAAAUACGUAUUCAACCAUUGGAAUAACAUUCCGCAAUUUGUAUUGGUCAUUUUAUGGUUACUUAGCUCCAUGGGAUUACACUCUUGUAGUGGGCAAUGCUGGACCUGAUCAAGCACCGGUCCAGCAUCCUAUCACUAACAUUGCUGGAGAAAUUAUGAUUGCUUCCUUUCAUAUUGCGGUUGUAGUUACUUUGCUUAAUUUGAUGAUUUCUAUGUUGGUGCGAACGGCGGAUAACGUUUUGAAAAACAAAGACCACGAAUGGAAGUUCACCCGUUGUCGGAUUUACGCAGAAUAUUUUGAAUGGUUUUCUGCUAUUCCGCCUCCUUUUAAUCUUCUAUACAAUACAACUUGUGCAUUAUAUCGUGCAUUUUCAGAUGACUUUAAAUUUGUCUAUCCUGAUUUAUGGAUUCCGAAAAAGUUUUGGAAGUCAUCUAUGAGUGUUAUUGUUGAGCAGGAUAUUCUGUAUUUGAAACUGAUGAGGACAUUAUUUGAACGCUAUCGUCACUCUCAAGAAUAUCACUACCAGACGGUAAUGAAGGAAGAUGUCGAGCGAUUGAGUGAAGAAGACAAAAAAGUAGUCUAUAAGAUUUUUCUAGCACUGAUCACACUGAGCUAA